GAGUGCUAAGCAGAAGUGCGUAGCAGACUCCACUAUGGAAGCCGAGUACAUCGCAGCCUCUGAGGCAGCGAAAGAGGCAGUUUGGCUCAGAAACUUCUUGGAGGACUUAGAAGUGAUUCCGAGUUUUCCACGUGUUAUUACCGUGUACUGUGAUAACAGUGGUGCAGUAGCAAACUCAAGGGAACCACGAGCCCACAGAGCAAGCAAACACAUAGAGCGCAAAUACCACCUUAUUAAAGAUAUCGUGGCAAGAGGAGAAGUUGAGAUCACCAAGAUUGCAUCAGAAGACAACCUAGCUGAUCCUUUUACGAAGAGUUUGUCGGAGAAGGUCUUCGCCAAACACAUGCGAAGUAUGAGCGAGGUUAUGGAAGGAACGCUUGGAACGCUUGACAAAAGUCAAAACAACACCAACGCCGUUGUCACACGACUUGAGCAGCGAUUAGAGGAAGUCCUGCGCGCUUUCCAGCAGCAACCCCCACAUCACCGUGACGAUCCCCCAAGGCGCGAACCGCGCCGACACGCCGAGCAUGCCGAUCGCUCACCAUCACCACGGCGCGAGGAUCGACGCGAGCAACAGCGCACGCACGAACAUGACGAGGACCGACGACGUGAGG